AUGGCAUCAGGGCCCCAAAAUCAAGAUGUUGUUUUGGAGAACCUGAGGAAGCAGCUUGCUUUAGCUGUAAGAAGCAUUCAAUGGAGCUAUGCUAUUUUCUGGUCCAUUUCAUCUAAACAACCCGGGGUGCUGGAAUGGAGUGAUGGAUACUACAAUGGGGACAUCAAGACUAGGAAAACAGUUCAAUCAGCAGAACUCAAUGUUGAUCAUUUGGGAUUGCAGAGAAGUGAACAGCUUAGGGAGCUUUAUGAGUCCCUCUCUGAAGCUGAGACCAACAGUACUCAACAAGCUAAAAGGCCUUCAGCUGCAUUGUCCCCUGAAGACCUUACUGAUACCGAAUGGUACUACUUGGUUUGCAUGUCAUUCAUCUUCAAGAUUGGCGAAGGAUUGCCGGGCCGCACACUGGAAAAGGAUCAAAUUAUAUGGUUAUCCAAUGCUCACCAAGCAGAAAGCAAAGUGUUUUCAAGAUCUCUGCUUGCAAAGACUGUUGUUUGCUUUCCACAUCUGGGAGGUGCAGUGGAGCUAGGGGUAACAGAUUUGGUUACAGAAGACACAGAUCUUGUUCAACAUAUCAAAUGCGCUUUCUUGGACAAUCCUUACAUCAACAUCUCUGAAAUUCCCUACUACGUUCCUGAUAAUGGAAGAACUGACAUAAGUAUGAGAGAAAAUGAUCUUGAUAUGCUGGCUGAAGGUGAAGAAGAACAGAUUAGUUCUCCAAAUAACAGUACAAGCGGUUUUGAGGAUGAUCAGUACGCAGAAGAAUCACAUAUGUUGGAAGACAAUAAUGAAGAUGCUUCUCAGGCACAAAGCUGGCAGUUUAUGGAUGAUGAUGAUAGCAAUUAUGCUCAUAACUCUAUGAAUCCUAGUGACUGCAUAUCUCAAACAUAUGCAUACCAGGGAAAACCUGCUCCUCAUUGCAACAAAUCAAGACCAAAUAAUGAGGAUAAUUUGCAUGAAUUACAUGAGUGCAACCAGAAGAAACUGAAUAGUUUUGGUUUUCGUGGUGAUGAUGUUCACUAUCAGGGUGUGCUUUCCACACUCCUAAAAACCUCUCAUCAGCUGGUUUUGGGGCCAUACUUCAGAAAUAUGAACAAAGAGUCUAGCUUUGUUAGCUGGUCAAAAGAAAGGUCAAAAGUUACGCCCACAAAAUAUGGUGGAAAACAGCAAAGAUUACUGAAGAAGAUCCUCUUUGAAGUUCCUAAACAGUAUGGAAAUUGGAUGCAAGAAUCUAGUGCAAACAAUGGAAAAAGAGAGAGCAUUUGCAGACCUGAAGCAGAUGAACUUGACAGCAGUCAUGUAUUGGCCGAAAGGAAAAGGAGACAAAAAUUGAAUGAAAGAUUUACAUUGCUUGGAUCUUUGGUCCCAACUAAUGGCAAGGUUGACAAGGUCUCGUUACUUGAUGACACUAUAGAUUACCUAAAAGAGCUUCAGAGAAGAGUCGAAGAGCUUGAAUCGUACAAAGAAGAGAUGGAGAGAGAGGCAAGAACAAGGAGGAGAAAUCAUGGAAGCAAAGAAACCACAUCCAGUAACUACUUCAGAAGUAGAGCUGGGAUCAGCAAGAAACCAUUGAUUAGCAAGAGAAAAGCCAGUGAUGUUGCAGAUACAGAACCUGAUGAUCAUUGCAUGUUGAGGGAGAUUUCAAGUGAUGAUUUAACUGUCAGUGUGAUUGAUAAGAAUGCUUUGAUUGAGCUCAAGUGUCCUCAUUCGGAAUCUGUGCUUUUGGACAUUUUGGAGGCAGUAAGCGACCUCAAUCUAGAUUCUCACUCAGUUCAAUCUGCCAACUCUGAUGGAAUUCUCUCUAUCACCAUUAAAGCUAAGUUUAAGGGCCGAAAAGUUGCAACACCUAGUAUAAUUCGACAAGCAAUUCAGGGAAUCAUCCGGAAGAAUCCAACAUUAUGA